GCAUAUAUAAUUUCCUCAAAUAAGUUGAACUAUCAGUAUCUGCUGUUUUUGAAAAUUCAAGAGCUCAGCGAUUUUAUGUGCUCAACUGAUAUUUCGGGCCCAAAGUUCCUAGAACAUAAUUCUGACUGAAUGAGAACCUAUGUUUUUUCAUGAAUAAAAAGCCCAAAACCGUCUUUUAAAAGAAAAUCGUUAGACGUUCGAAUAAAUAUUGUACAAUAUUAGGAAGUUGGGAAAAAUCACAUUUUUAUAGGGUAAGAUAUAAAGCUAUUUUUGUAGUGGCGCUCUGGAUCUUAUCUUAGUCUGGUUUGGCAGUUUAUCUCGAGAGUUGUAUAAAACAAAAUUUCCAGUUUUCGAAAUAAAUCGUCUUGACAAAUGCGUUAUGUAGUUAGCAACCCUUUACAUUACAAAACAAAAUAUCGAAAUAAAAGACAAGAAAUCAAACUAAUAUUAUUAAAAACAAAAAAUGUAUAUUCUCUUUUCAACAUUGUACCGGAUGUGUAAUAGUAAAUUGAUCCGCUGCUUUCCACACUACAAAUCUCGCACGUCGUCAACUUCUCUCUGGCUUAAGCAAGCUUACAUUGGUGGCGAAUGGUUAGAUGCGACAAGCGGUGCCACAUUCGAAGUUCGAAAUCCGGCAAAUAUGCAAGUGAUCGGCUGUGUGCCCGACAUGACUGCAGUCGAAGCGCAAAAAGCGAUAGAUGUCGCCACAAGAGCUUUUUACGCGUCCGAAUGGAAGUUGAUUACAGCACGUGAGCGCUCGCAGUUGCUGAAGAAUUGGCAGAUCUUGAUUUCACAGCACUGCACUGAAUUGGCUAAUAUUAUCACGGCGGAAUGUGGAAAACCAUUGACCGAGUCACUAUCCGAGGUAGCUUAUGGUCAGUCGUUUGUCGAAUGGUUUGCCGAGGAAGCAAGACGCAUUGAUGGCCAACUCAUUGCUAGUUCGGUGAGCAAUCAGGAGCUGAUUGUGGUGCGCGAGCCGCUUGGCGUCGCAGCACUCAUAACACCAUGGAACUUUCCAAUGGCCUUAGUCUUACGCAAAGCAGCAGCGGCUCUGGCGGCCGGCUGCACAGUCGUCGUCAAACCUGACGAAAAUACACCACUUAUAUGUUUGGCACUCGCUAAGCUCUCCCAAAUGGCCUGUAUACCAGCUGGUGUCUUCAACGUGAUCACCACGAGCGGAGCACCUGCCAUCGGUGAGCUCUUUUGUCAAAGCCCGCUGGUAUGUGGUAUCUCUUUUACUGGCUCCACCGAAGUUGGCAAACUUUUGUUUCGUGAAUCAGCUGGCUUGCUAAAACGUGUCUCGCUAGAGCUUGGCGGUAAUGCACCAUUCAUUGUCUUUGAAUCAGCUGAUAUAGUCGAAGCUGUGAAGGGUGCAAUGUUAUCGAAAUUUCGUAAUGCCGGACAAACUUGUGUCUCAGCAAACCGUUUUUACAUUCACUCUGCUGUGUAUGAGGACUUUCUGAAACAGUUGCAAGCACAAGUUGAAGCUUUGAAAAUUGGUUCGGGACACGAUAAAAGUGUGGAAAUCGGUCCACUCAUUAAUACAGCACAGUUAAAGCGAAUUGAGGCAUUCAUGAAAGACGCAUUUUCCAGACAUGCGAAGGUUAUAUGCGGUGGUAAACGGUUGCAAGAAAUCGGUGAACUCUUUUACGCACCUACUAUCAUUACCGACGUGGAUCGUACAGCACGUAUUUAUCGUGAAGAGAUCUUCGGCCCAGUUAUUACAAUGGCAAAGUUCGAUACAGAAGACGAAGUUGUAACCAGGGCAAACAGUUCACGGCGUGGGUUAGCGGGGUACUUCUAUAGUCAAAACUUGCAAGAAGUAUUUAGAGUGGCGAGACGUCUUGAGGUUGGCAUUGUGGGCGUUAAUGUAGGACUGGCGUCGCAGGCGGAGGCGCCAUUUGGCGGCAUCAAAGAAUCCGGUAUCGGACGUGAGGGAGGACAUUAUGGCAUCGAUGAAUUUACUGAGAUAAAGUAUAUCUGUUUGGGUGGAUUGAAGUACGAUUGAGUGGAGAGGUGGGUAAAUAUGCAUGCUGAAAGCGAAGAGAGAAACUAAAACAUAAAUAAUAUGUAAUAAACAAAUAAAAAUAAAAUGUUGACA